AUGCGCCAGCCCAGCUGCAAGCGAAGAGGUGAAUAUUACGGAAAGAAAACGGCUGACAGAGGUGGGAAGAUUGUUCCAGGGCAUGUGUAUAUUGAAGUACAGUAUGAUUAAGAAUACGAAGCGAAGGACAGAAAGGUCAUGAUAAAACAAGGUGAGCAAUACAUCCUGGUGAAGAAGACCAGCGAUGCCUGGUUGCAGGUCAAGCUGGUCGAGAACUCCAAAGCGUUUUAUGUGCCUGCCCAGUACGUGAGGGAGGUCGGCCACAGAGGCCUGAUGCCGCCUGUGCAACAGGCAGCGGGGCUGCCGCAUCAUUCUGUGAAAACGAUGCAGAGUCUCCACCUUCAGAGGUCAACAGAAAAUGUGAACAAAUUGCCCGAGCUUUCAAGUUUUGGAAAGCCAUCGCCGUCUGUUCAAGGAACAGGUCUUAUUCGUGAUGCCAAUCAGAAUUUUGGACCCAAUUAUAUUCCAGGUCAGACUGUCAACCUCAGCCUGAACCUGACCCAUAAUAAUGGAAAGUUCAACAGUGACUCACAUUCUCCCAAAGUUUCUGGCCAGAAUAGGACACGUUUAUUUGGUCACUUUCCCGGUCCAGAGUUCUUGGACGUAGAGAAAGGUGGCUUCUCCCAGGAACAGUCUUGUGAUUCAGCAGGAGAAGGCUCGGAACGGAUAUAUCAAGAUUCAGAGUCCGGUGAUGAGCUUAGCAGCAGCUCCACUGAGCAGAUAAGGACGACAACACCUCCAAAUCAAGGGCGGCCAGAUUCUCCUGUCUACGUUAACCUGCAAGAACUGAAAAUAUCCCACUCGUCUCUCCCCCCGAGCCCCGGAAGCCCAGCAAUUCAGAUUAAUGGAGAAUGGGAACCUCAUAAAGAUAGUUCAGGGCAUUGUUAUCACUAUAACAGAGGAACACAGGAAAGAACUCAGAAACCCCCUCGUUGGACUCGAGAUACAAACAUAAGCAAAGGAGAUUCCCAAAGUCCAGGAGAUCAAGAGUGGCUCAAGCGUGUUGAUGAUCAAGGUAGACAAUAUUACUACAGUGCAGAUGGAUCUCGGUCAGAAUGGGAGUUGCCAAAGUAUAAUGCCUCAUCUCAGCAGCAAAGAGAAAUUAUUAAAAGUAGGAGUCUGGACAGGCGGCUGCAAGAACCAAUAGUGUUAAAGUGGAGACAUAGCACCAUUGUGUUGGACACCAAUGACAAGGAAUCUCCAACUGCCUCAAAACCCUGCUACUCUGAAAAUGAGUCUUCUCCCUCUUCACCAAAGAGCCAAGAUAUAGACAGCAGUCCAAAGGGUCAAGAGAAAUAUGGAUUAUUAAAUGUAACAAAAGUUACUGCAAAUGGGAAAAAGGUUCGAAAGAACUAGUUGUCUUCUUGGGCCGUGUUGCAGGGUUCAUCUUUACUGUUUACCAAAACUCAAGGAAGUAGCACAAGCUGGUUUGGGAGUAAUCAGUCCAAACCAGAGUUCACGAUGGACCUUAAGGGGGCGAUGAUUGAUUCAAAGGAUAAAUCCAGCAAAAAGAAUGUAUUUGAGCUGAAAACCCGUCAAGGAACAGAAGUGCUGAUUCAGUUUGAUAAUGACGCUGUUAUCAAUGAGUGGUUUAAAGUUCUUAGUAGCACUAUCAGUAAUCAGACAGUAGAACCCGAUGAAGCAAUUGAGGAAGAUAUAUCAGAUUCACCAGGAAUAGAAAAGCACGAUCAAGGAAAGGACCAUAAGGAUCUGAAGAAAUUGCGUUCCACAAAAGUAUCUAGCAGAGAUUCUUCAGAACAGAAAGAAAACAAGAACAACUUAAAGAAGUGUCUUACACGACGCCCCACUUUGCAAGCUGUUCGUGAAAAAGGUUAUAUUAAAGAUCAGGUAUUUGGAACCAAUCUUGCUAAUCUGUGUCAGAGAGAGAAUGGCACAGUGCCAAAAUUUGUGAAAUUGUGCCCUGAACAUGUUGAACAAUAUGGGUUGGAUGUUGAUGGGAUUUACAGAGUUAGUGGCAACUUUGCAGUGAUCCAGAAGCUGAGGUUUGCAGUCAACCAUGAUGAGAAAUUGGACUUGAAGGAUAGUAAAUGCGAAGAUAUUCAUGUCAUCACUGGAGCACUGAAAAUGCUUUUUCGAGAAUUACCAGAACCUCUCCUUACAUUUGAUCAUUUUAAUGAUUUUGUUAAUGCAAUUAAACAAGAACCAAGACGGCGUGUCUCUGCUGUGAAGGAUCUAAUCAAACAGUUGCCAAAGCCAAAUCAGGACACAAUGCAGACUCUGUUUAGACAUCUCAAAAGAGUUAUAGAAAACAGAGAAGAAACCAGAAUGACGUAUCAGAGUAUAGCAAUUGUGUCUGGUCCCACUCUGUUAAAGCCAGAGAAAGAGACUGGUAACAUAGCAGUUUAUACCGUCUACCAGAAUCAGAUGGUAGAGUUAAUUCUUCUCGAGAUAAAUUCCAUCUUCAGACGUUGA